GAGAGCACUGGGAAGGUAGGGAAAAUGAACACCUGAUCUGUCAGCGGAUAGAUUGUAUAAGUGUAACCGUUUGGUUGUUUUGCAGACCAACCCACCCGCUGAUCCAUAUGUGAAGGGGUUUGAUAAGGCUCGCACGAUGCUGCUCCUCCACGAUAAGGUUCAUCUUGGUUUCCAGAUUCUCUGCUGCAACGCUCAGCAUUACAUCUGUUGGCAUGUCUGAUGUGAUGCUGUAGUAACCCUGCACAAGCAUCCAGUAAAGAAUUUGGAAGGUGUGGAAGUUGAUAGGGAUUUUAAUUAGGAGCUAAAUGCCUACCUGACAGUGCUCUAGGAAGUCACUGAAGCCCCCUAUGAGCAUCCCUUUGCCCCCUUGGGCCACCAGUUCCCUCCAGAUCAAAGGGGACUGCUCGUGUUUCCACCCGUUUCUAUUGCAGGUGACCUCCAGCCAUUCCUAGCAGUGAGAGGUCACAUUGAGGUGGCAAAUAAGUGGAAAAAUAUAUACUCGUGAUUUGCAAAUAUAAUAAUAUAAAAGAUAAUUUAUAGAGUAUUACCGUCCAUUCAUCUGGGAGGAUGGAGAUCUUGUGGAUCCUGAAGUUCGGCAGAGAUCGUUGUAGACUGUCUGCCAAUAGUUCCGCUUUGGCAUAAUGGGGACAGUCUGUUUUGCCUGGAGAGGUUUAAAUGUUAGGAAUCAGAAAUAGGAUGUUUCGAUGUAAAGAUAAUUGCUAAAAGAUAAAAAAAAAAAAGAAAAGUCAAACUUUACCCGCAAGCACAAAUUGUGCCAUUCUAUCCGGUUGGCGUUGGUUGCCUAGAAACUGUGGGUGUCGCGCUUAUUUGAGUCCGUGUAGAAAGCGCCAAAACACGAAACACACCAGAACGUCUUACAACAACCGCGAGACCUAUGUUUUAAAAACGUCACAGGUCGGUGUUAUUAACCGUAACAAAUAUAAACGUGAGAUACUUCAUACUCACAAUAAACACUAUUUUUGACAGUGCGUGUUGACAGGGGGACUGAAUAUGGCGGCGCACACAGCACGAAGCACCGUGUGAGCAUGCUGGCUAACACUCAGUGGACUACCUGUGUCUUUUUUUAAGUGUAAUGUAACUUAGCUCCGUGUCUCUUCGCUAAACCACCUUUUUCCUGCGAGAUGGCGCAGCAACGUGUAACGUCGGGGCAAUUGUUUUCCCGGUUAGAGUUGUGAGGACAAUGUCUCUCUGGGCUGCAGAGGAGGUCAUGAGACGGGGCAUGCGCCUUGGCUGCCGCAGGUCUCUAUGGCAACAGCGCAGCUUCCUGAUGACAAGCAGAGACGCAUCUUUCCAUAGUCAGCAGCUGGCACACUCUGUGGUCACAAGGCAAAGCCUGGCCAGGAGUCCGGUCAGCUCAGUGAAGUUUUACUCACAGGACAGGAUUCACAGUGAGGACCUGGAGGUGAAGGAGCAUCUCUUGGAGUCUCCGCUGCCUGCUGAGAUCCGUUCUGAUGAGACUGCCUCGAGUCAGACACCGAAGAGCUCCACUUUCCGUGGCCAGCUGCUGCGAUUAGGCUCCCCGUCGGAUGUGUUGGACUUCACCUGCCAGAACGUGCCCACAACUGAACAGAUCAGCGUGACCCUGAUGUACAUGUGGUCCACGAUUAAGAAGAUGUCGACCGAUCAGCAGCGCUACGAGCUGCAGCUGAUGUUGGAGCAUCCUGCAUUCGAGAGCCUGCUGCAGUUAGCCAAGAAGAAUGUGGGGAAGAUGUGCAGUGACGAUAAGACUUAUUCUCUCAUGGCUAUGAUCAAGCUGGGUGUCCCCCAAAAUAGCCUCGUGGUGCAGACUUUCCUCCAAGCCUGUCAGGCGGAACUGAAUAGCUUUACUGAGAAGAGCCUAGCCAUCUUGGCCGGCUGUCUGAGAGAUAUGGAGGAAACCCCCAACGUCGCUGCACUUAAGAAGGGCAUGGCGCUGGUAGUUGAUAUACGUCUUCCCGGGAUCAAGAGCGUCGUGGCUCUCCAGACCAUGAUGCAAAUGUUGGGGAAAGAUGCCCCACUCAACCUCAAAAACAAACUAGGGAAAAAGGCUUUAUCAAUGUCACACCAGUUCAGCCUUCCCAACGCCCAGUACAUGAUCUCCAUUAUGGCCACAAUGGAGUACUGCCCCAAACCGCUGAUGGACAUCUGCUGUACGAAGAUCAGAGAAAACAUCCCCGUAAUUCCCUUCUGGAGGUUGUUGACAGUUCUGCAGUCGUGCACGAAGCUGAACUACAGAGACUUGAAUCUGCUCGCCGACGUUUCCGAACACAUCGCCUCCACGAUAGACAUGUGGACCAACAAGCAGUUGGCCCUUUUCCUGACUGAGUUCGAGAGGAACCUCUUCUGUCCCGCUGCCCUAAUGAAGGUGUUUGCUGAGAAGGUGAUCGCCAGUCCAGACAGUCUGACAUGUCAUGUUCUCCUCAGUGUCCUCCGGGUGUACUCUUCACUAAACUAUGACCUGCAGCACCAAAGGCAACAGUUCCUGGAUAGUCUCACCCAGGCUCUGGAAUCUUAUCUUACCAAGAUGUCUGGUUUUGAGUUGUUAAAGGCUGUGUACGGUCUGUGUGUAAUGGGCCACUACCCCCCCACGCUGGUGGAGCAACUCCUGAAGAGCAGCACGCUGGAGCAGUUUGAGACUACAUCGCCCAAGUUCCUCCACUACCAGGAGUAUAUGUUUCAGAUAGUGAACUUGUGCCUCCGUCUUGAACGCCCUCCGCUCCCUCAGCCCCUGACUGUUCCUCCGUCUGCCCUGGGAGCCGUCGCCCCCCCCCCCAAUCCGCCAGUCAACCUGAAGCUCUCGCAGGGUCUGCAGAGUUUGUUGUUGGACCAGGCAGACACGACGCUGCAGGAAAUGGUGCUCGUGGAGAACUAUUACGUCAUAGAUGGUUUGAUAACCAGACCUCUGCCACACCAAUCCUCUGCGACUGAAGCAGGUAGUCAUGCAGGAGACGAGCGCUCUCCAGCAGAGAGCAGUCAAAGAAUUGCAGUAAUUUGCACGAGGUACGCUGGUUUUUGCCAUGGUACGUCCAAUCCCCGUGGCCCUCUGGCUGUCAAGAUUCGCCAUCUGAAGAUCCUGGGAUAUGACCCUGUCUUGGUGCCGGACCAGGAGCUACAGUCCGUGUCAGAGGAAAAGAUGACGGAGUUCCUCAGGGAACGGAUUUUUCCAUCACACGAAAGCCUGGACACACAACCCAAAAUGGAGCAACUGGACAGAUGUUAAACGGAUGCCAAGUGCCAUGCACGGUUCUCAACCUGUUCAAUCGUCAUGAACACACAGAUUUUUUUUGUGCUUUGUGUAAACAAUUAAGAAGGAAUAAAUAUAUGAAAAUAUUUAAAUAAAUGAUGUCCCUGGAUAAACUGAGCUCAAAACCA